AUGUCUCAAGUAAUUUUGUUCUUGCUCAUCGAACUAACCAAGAGGCUAAAGCAACUCAUGUCCCCUUCUGGUACCGGGAAACAACCUCUUAAGCGAAAAGCCGAAGAUGUUUCGUUCGAUUUUGACACAGAUGAACCGGCCGCCAAGAGGGAAGCUUAUGCACGAACUCGAUUGCCAACUUUGCUGAAUGUCGAAGGAGCCGGUCAAUGUAUAGCUGUUUUAACAAGCGGUGGAGAUGCACAAGGUAUGAAAAAGUUAAAUUUUGUCUACGAAUAUCUUUGUUGUCUCAUUUUCGAGCUCAGACGAUAAAUUUUGCUCCACCUGAAAAAUAUCUACUUUUGUUGAUAUUACAUAAAAUUUGUAUGCAAGGGAGUGUUUACAUUCUUCCAGAUUGUGCGAUGUUUUAAUUACUGGAAAGCUUUUCUUAGGAUUUUCAUAAUUUUUUGUUGUGAUUUUUCGUAGAUUUAAUGUUUGUCAUUGAGGAGUACAUUUUUAUUUUGCAAACGAUCUGUGCCGCCGGUACAAAUUAUGUUAUUGCUUGGUCAGUCACAUCAAUUCAAGCUGAGCUGUUCGAAAUUUUUUUACAACCGAUGGAAAAUUUUAUUUCAUCGGAGCAGCUGGUGUCAGUUAUUCAAUAAAUUUAUUGUUAAAACCUUUAUUUUCCUGUAAUGGAAUCCAUUUUAUUUGCGUUUCUCGAAACAGUACUUAUGAGUUGCAAUUAAGUACAUGAAAUCUACCAAAUUAAAUUUGACACCGAUCAAAACAACAUACUGAAUUGCAUAAAUUAGUAAGAGUGCCAAAUAUUUGGUUUGCCUAGACACGAGCAAGAAGAAUGAGAUCUAGUGCAUGAAAUUUUGAAUUAUGAAAGCAAACUUCUGAGGAGUAAUAUUCUGAAACAAAAAACUUUCCUUUUUUUUUUAAUUUUUUUUUUGUACAAAGUCACUGUGGACAAAUCAAACCACAAUGCAUCUGUCUUCCAAUAGAUCAUGUGUAGGAAUCAAUCAAGUGUGUGUAUUACUCAGUAUAUCUUAGUUCUUUGUGUAAAAUAAUUUUAAUGGAUGUAUGACUUAUACGAUAUACAUACAAUAGAUUACUAUCCUUACAUUAUUUUUUAAGGGAUGAAUGCAGCCAUCAGAGCUGUGGUUAGGAUGGGUAUCUAUGCAGGAGCCAGGGUCUUUACUGUGUGGGAGGUAGGUUUUAUUUCCUGAGUUGAUUUGGUAGGUCUUCAAAAAAAAAAAGGAAAACAAAAAUGCACAGAUGUAUGCGUGUGCAAGGUGUUAAUUUAGUACCUUGUACCCCAAACUCAAAGCAGAGAGGUCCUCAGUGCUUUUAAACCUAGCUAGUUCAGUGUGCUGUGAUUUUAGGCAAGAUACACUUUUUCUCCAUACCCAGUGAUAUAAAGGAGUAUUAGUAACAGUUCUGCUCAAAUAUAUAUAUAUAUAUAUAUAUAUAUAUAUAGGUAACCCUAAAAAUGCAUAUAAAAUGCAAUUAAUUUGCAUGUGAGUGCUGAUAAAUAAAAAUAUGCAUGUUGUAAUUUCUCACAUACCCACUUAAGCUUGACUCAUCGGCCUUAUUAGUUCAUAUGAGCUAGGUCUUUUUCUGUUGUUGACUGAUGUCACUUUUUGAGACCCAAAAGUUCUUUAUUUUACAUAACAAUGUCGCACAAAGGAUUAACUUACAGCACUGAAUAACAAAGAUGCAUAAGUGGCACAUGUCUUUUGCCCUUGCAUGCAUGAAUAUCAUAUAUGCAUGUCUGACAAACUGUAUCUGCGCUUAUAAAAUGCGUUUAAACAGUUAACACAUAUCUGAGUGGUACUGUAGCUGUUAGGAAAACCUGAUGAAAUGCCAGUAGAGGUGAGGAGGGGAAGGAUUUGGACAUGUUACUUACAAAUCAUCAGUAUCCCACUUGGGGAGUGUGGUAAUACACUAAGUUACCCACUAUGAAAGUAUAGUUUUAAUCAUCUCAUUUUCAUAAUAUGCAUACCAUUAUGAUUUUGUUGUCCAAGGGUUAUCAGGGAUUGGUGGAUGGUGGUGAUAACAUCAGAGAAGUCAGAUGGGAGGAAGUGUCUGGUAUCAUUCAACUGGUAGGUACAUGUAUUCCGCACUACCUUGUAGGUACAAACAUCAUUGCGAUCAACAAAUUUGAAUGGUAAGUGAGAAAAUCUGUAUGGUACAUUACGUUUUGACUUUAUGGCCUACAUUUUGUGCAUAAUUUUUGUAAUAUUAGCUCUCUCAGGUGGAUUAUUUUGCCAAACAAAAAUGGUUUGUAACCUCAUCUCUCUGAGAGCCCAGUUUAAGUGGUAACUAGUUUGGAUAGUGAGUCUGGUGUUGCUUUGCAAUAUACUUUAUUUUGUGCAAGGAAAUGAGCCAUAAGGAGUUUGAAACUUUGAAUUAUAAUUAAUUGAUCCUGGUAUGUAUUGCAUACAAGUAAUAAUGUUUGCUUUCCUUCUGCGUCUACCUUAUCAAAACUCUUUAUACCGAUUAGAAAGAUUGAUAAAGUUAUCGUAGUAACAAGUAAUUUCCACUGUUGAUAGUUAUUAAUUAUUUUAUAUUCAUUUACUUUUAGGGAGGAACAGUCAUUGGAAGUGCAAGAUGUAAAGAUUUUAGAUCGCGUGAAGGUCGUUUAACAGCUGCUAAGAACAUGGUGACCUUAGGCAUAACAAAUUUAGUAAGUAUGCUAACUGUUUGGUGUGAUUAUGAAACAAUUCAGCUUGUUUAUUCAGCUAUGAUAUUAAUGAAUUUGCUUCUUUAAAUGAAAAAAAAAUUAAUAAAAUCUUUUAGUCAGGUAGGCAUUCAGUCUGACAUUAAAUUCUGACCCAAGUCAGUCAGGCAGUCAGCCAGUCUGUCAGUCAUUGCAUCAGUCACUUAGUCAGUUAGUUAGUCAUUUGGUUAUUUAUACAGUCAGUCAGUUGCUCGGUCAAUCUGCACAUCAGUCAUUCAGUUAGUCAAUCAUGAUCAGUCAAUUAGUCAGUCAUUCAGUUAUUUGUAUGACCAGUUAGUCAUUUUCAUCAGGCAAGCAGUCAGUCAGUCGAUCAGUCAGCCAGUCAAUUAUUCAGUUAAUUGCUAAGGCAGUCAGUAGGUCAGUCAGACAGUAGGUCAGUCAGACAGUAAGUCAGUCAGACAGUAAGUCAGUCCAUCAGUCAUUCAGUCAGUCGGUCAAUCAGUCAAACUGUUAUGCGCAUGUAGUUUUUUAGACCUUAAGGCAGUCAAGUAUACAGUCAUUCAUUAAGGUGCAAUUUGGUAUUCAUUCUCUCACACAUGCAUUACUUUCUGUGAAACUUAAAGGAGUAAUUUAUUAUUAAUACACUGAGAAAAUUCCAUUUCAUUUUGUUGCAGGUUGUUAUUGGAGGUGAUGGUAGUUUGACAGGGGCCAAUCUGUUCAGACAGGAAUGGAAAGAGCUUUUAGAAAAACUUUUAGAAACUGGUGAGUUUUUGUUCGCUUAUCAAGCAAAAGAUUGAGCUUGGUGGUUAAAUGUUUCCUAUUGUCCUAUAUGUAAAUAAAAGUUUAUUUCGUGUAUUUUUUGUGUAUUUGUCUACCUUUCCAACUUUGUUUGUUUUAAACGGCUGUGAAUAUAUGAAAGUCAUAUAUUUGAACUGCGGAUAAAGACAAGAAUAUGAAAGAAAUCUUUGCAGUAAUGAGCCUGGAAAAAAAAAAAAAUCCCGUAUAGGCCUGAAUUUUUUUUUUGGGCCUUCUUUCCACUACUGCUUACUUAGUUCUCAUUACUGGGAAGGUCACUUUCAUAUUCACUUUUGUUUGUUUUGUUAGCUUAUCUUUUGGCUUUCAUAAUAGGAUGUUACUAAAACAAAGAUUGCAUAAUGAGUAGUAGGGAAUUUUUGUCUUGGACUGAAACUGCAGCUGCAGUAAUUUGCAUAACGGUUCAUAAUGAAAGAUGACAACAUGGGAAAAGGAUCUGAAAAUCAAGUUUUGAGCAAAUGUUCUUUAAACUCAAGGUCAUUACAGCAAACAGCAUGGACGAUGAAUGAAGUUUAUAUCAUAGGCUUUUGGACUUGAUUUUUGACUUCAAAAAUUGAGAUUUAUGCUGAUUUAUAUUGCAGGUGUGAAAGAAGUCAAGUUUUUGUAUCAUUUCAUAUUCCUGGUUUUUGUAACAACCUUCUUAAUAUUUGUCUGUAAGCCAGUCAGUUUAUCAGAGAUUGUGUGCCUGCUUGCCAGUAUGUACAUCUUUGUCUGUCUGCCUGGGUUUCUAUCAAAAUGAUUUGGUUUUAUCAACUGAGUUGAUGAAUAUAAAUUGGCCACCGUAAAGAGUUUAUAACCUGGCAUUUUGAGUAUUAACCUUUGCCUAACUUUUGCUCUGACAAAGGGCAAAUGCUUAAAACGUCAGCUUACACUAGGAAGAACCUCUUUAUGGUGACCAAUUUACAUUUAUCAACUCAGCUGAUAAUACCAAAUUACCCAGUUAUACUAUACCCACUAAUGCAGCACCACAUCUUCUUUAAAAAAAUAUCCAUUUUAUGGAUAUCUACCAGUUGGUCUUUCAGUUGGUUUUGCCAUUUAUUUUAUUAGAUGAUUUAUUUAUUUAUUAAUAUGUAAGUAUUGCUUUAUCUUCUUAUUUAAUUAUCAUUAUUAGUAAAUCAAUAAUUGUAUUUCCAGGUGCUGUGACUGAAAAAAUGGCACAAGAAAAUAAUCACCUUAAUAUAGUGGGGAUGGUAAGUCAUGUUUUCCUCAGAAUAUGCUGUUCAAUAAUUAUAUAUGAACUGAGUUUUCAUGUAGAUUGAAACUUCCAAAGCAUAUAGUUACUUUUCAGUCAUUACUCCAUGCAGGGGUGUUAAUUAAAUUUCAUUCCAACUUCACAGGUCUGAGUUGCAGGUGGGAAGUUCUUUUUUAGGGCCAAGAGGACACUGUGUUCUUAACAGAGUCUGAGUGAUGCUCUCCUGAGGAAUUGUAAUACUGCAGACUCCUGCCAAAAUAUUUUGCUACAUUUUGAGGAUUAUUUUCAUGUUGCAUAAUGUCAUUUUUAGGUUCAUCAUUGUGCUGCAAUAUUUCAUUUUUAGGUUGGCUCAAUUGACAAUGAUUUCUGUGGCACUGAUAUGACCAUUGGAGCUGAUUCAGCACUUCAUAGGAUUUUUGAAGCAGUAGAUGCCAUUACAACAACAGCUUCAAGGUAUAAAUUUAAGUUUUUGGUCUUUUUUGUUGCGCUUUUUUUUGCUUUUAGUUCUGUUGUCUAUUAUGUUCUUUGAAUCAAGCAGAAGGUAACUUCAAGCUUUUCACCUAUGAAAAAAUGUUUGUUUGACUGGAGUUUUGUACUUCUGUCUACAGCCAUCAGAGGACUUUUGUCCUUGAAGUUAUGGGGAGACAUUGUGGGUAAGACUUUUUUUGUUUCUCCUGGGUGGCAAAUGAUUUAUCAAAAAAGCAAGGGUGUUUCAAAACUUUUCCCUUUCUUUUUGCUUUUGAUAUUGUUUUGUUUUCUCUCUUCCUUGGAGUCCUGGAGAAAGUUAGUCUUACAGGCUAGCACAGUUUUAUAUGGAGACUUUGACACUCCCCAAAUGUACAAUAGUUGAAGCUUUGCUCUGCUAUAUACAUGUGUAACUCAAAUUUUGUAUUGAUUUUUUAUAAAAUUUUUUGCAGAUACCUAGCUCUUGUUACAGGCUUGGGAGUUGGUGCAGACUAUGUAAGUUUAUCCCUUCAAUCAAACUCACCACAAAUUGCACAACCAUGUUAAUGUUUUUCCUGUGAGAUACAUCUGAAUUAAAUGGAACAUUUCAGAGGCUUGACUUACGGCUCAUAUAUGCAUGCAAAAAGUCAACUAUUUUGCAAUGCUUUUAGUUAUGAAAGAAUUUAACAUUCACUAAACUGUUAUGAAUAACCAAGAAAGAAUUUCUCCUUACAAUAUCAAUGUAAUAUCAAACAGACAAGUGAUGAGAAUAAAGAAAAAUGUUUAUUAGUGGAUUAUUAGUUGAUCUAAUACCAAAUUCUCUGAAAUAUCUUCAUAAGAAUUGUAUGGUAGACAGUAAUGAGAAUUACCUAUGAGAUCUUGGGAGUAAAGGGAUGAAACCACUGCUGUUUUGUCUCUCAAAUUUCAUGCUAGUUUUGAUGGCUUGUAACUGAUAACAGGACUUUAAUUCAUCCAAUUCUGUCCAUUAAUAUAGUUAUGGUUAUCAAGUGGUACUCCCACUUCAUUGUUGUCCAAUUUUGUCAACCACUGGUCUAAUUGUACACCAAAUUGGACAUCAACUUAUCAUCUUGUUUUUAGAUUUUCAUCCCUGAAUGGCCUGUCCAAGAAGGUUGGGAGGAAAAAAUGUGCAAUCACUUGAGAAAAGUAGGAGUUCUUUUCUUAUCAUUGUGGUAUUUCAACAUAUAUUACACUCAUUUUGAAACUAUUGGUGAUGCUUACAAUUCUGAUUGACUCUAAGGCAAUGCAAUUGAAUUUGUGAAUUUUUUGUUGUUGUUGUUGUUUUUUUGGGGUCCAGCGGACCUAAGACCUGAAAUUUUCUGUUAGAGAUUAACAGUACUGCCGUCUUUUGUGUUGUUUCUAUUAGGUCAGGGAUAGUGGAAGACGUUUAUGUAUGAUCAUUGUGGCAGAGGGUGCUCAGGAUGUUGCAGGAAACCCUGUCACUGCUAAUGACAUUAAGGAGGUACACAGUGCAAUUUAUAGUAUUACAUAACAGUCAUUCAGAAUUGUGUUUAGUCAGGGAGAAAGUUCUUGCACAAAAACCUAUAUUUUGUGUGGUUUUUUUUUUACAGCUUGUCAAGACAAAACUCCAGCACGAUGCACGAGUCACGAUUCUUGGACAUGUCCAGAGAGGAGGAAUCCCAUCUGCUUUUGACAGAAUUCUGGUAAUUGUUUUGGUAUCGGUAAUUACACGAGUUUGAGUGCAAUUUAGUAUUAAUAAGCAUGAACAUAUUUUUCAAAGACAACAAAAUUGCACAAGCCCAUAAUUACUAGUUAAUAAUUUACAUGAAGAAAGCAUCACAGGAAGUCACGGCAGAUGAAAUUUUGACAGCAUGCGCAAGUUAUUUGUAAUUUGCACUCAUGUUAGAACUUUGCACUUGUGUUACAAGUUUUCAGCCAAUCAGAAGUGCAAAACGAAUGUAAUGAAGUGGUGGUUAAACUUUAUGUCGUGCAAUUUUGGUCUGAAAUCAUACUUCUAUUGAUUUCAAAUUUAACUAGCGUAGCACGCUCAUUUGAUUUUGAAAUCAAAUGUAAGAUUUCAGACCAAAUCGCACUUCAUGCAGUUCAAUUAGCAUUACCAACUAGGUGAAUAGGUCAUAUAAUAAACCAUGUAGGGUUGCUGUCUGCAAUGUGCACAACUAUCUUUAGCUUUUGUAUUUGCAAAAAAGUGGUACAUUUAUAUAUCAAUUUUGCAGUCUUGUCGCAUGGGAGCAGAGGCAGCCCUUGCUGUCUUGGAUGCCAAGCCAGAUACUGCCCCAUGUGUAAUCUGCCUGGACGGAAACAAGAUCAAGAAAAGAGGACUCAUGGAAUGUGUCCGUAAGGUAAACUCAUUUAUAACAUAGCGUUUGUAAUUCAUGUUGUCAAAGUAGCAAAGCGAUUCCCUGUUGCCAUACUCAUGUUCAGUAAUAGAUCACUGAUGACGUCAAAAUGCGGUACAAACAAAAAAGAGUGGUUCACAUGGUGCACCCGAAUGUAUCACUGAUGUUCUAACGGCAUUUUAACGUCUUCUGUGAUCUAUUACUGAACAGACCCAUGGCAACAUGGAAAAAGCACUACCCACAUGUCUACAAUGUAAACCUAUUUUUCAUAAUCAGCAUUCAUCAUUCAGUGUAAAUAUUAUCCUGCAGACUCUGGAAGUCAAGGACGCAACGAAAGCAAAGAACUUUGAUAAAGUUGUCGAACUGAGAGGAAGGUACAACGUGUGAUAUUAUGUAACUUUACUAUUUCCCUCAUAAGUCUUCUAUUUUCCUUUACUGUUUCGCACAGCACCGUUUUAGAUUAAGACAAUUGGUUAUCAUUUCCUCCUUAAUUGGCAUUCAAAAGACUGUAAUGAAAGUUAAAGUUUUACCAGAUAGGUAUCCCUUUACCAAUGGAUGUUUUUUUUUUUUUUAAUUUCAGAACCUUCCAGAGCAACAUAGAUAUUUUCAAAGUCUUGAAGGAAGUGGAGCCUCCAGUCUCGAGCCAGUGUGAUAUAUCUGGCACUUGCAAAGUAUGCAUGCUCUCUUCGUAAAUAUUUGGAUACUCAAAGAUGCAGUAAUUCUUAAUUGUGAAUUUGAGACGUUUCAAUUCCCUCUGAGAAGAAAGAAUUUACAGUGUCCACCUAUAUCUUCAAAUAUCCAUCUGCGACACUACAUGUCCUGACUCUCGGCUUUUCCUGGAUGUGUUUACAUCCUUCUUAUCUUUCUGAUUCCUUCCCUCUCCCUCCUCUCAACUUUCUUCAUCUUCCCCCUUUAGUCACUCUUUUCGUCCUUUGUUCCCUUCUCCCUCCCCCGCCACCUCCUUCCAUCAUUUUCCCUUCCCUUUUUUCUUAUUUUCCUUUUCCCUUGCAUCCCUGAUUCUACACCAUUUCCUCUUAUCUCAAAUUCCCCCAACUUAUCUUUCAUUCUACUCACUGUCUAUCCCUCCUUUCUUCUUUCUCUCCUUUUUCCCUUUAUUCCUCGCAUUCUGCUAGCUAAUACCCCCAACACCUGUUCCCGCCUCUAACCCAAUUCUGUCCUGUUCAGUCUGGUCACACCUUGGCAGUUAUCAACAUUGGUGCCCCUGCAGGAGGCAUGAGCACUGCUGUCCGUGCCUUUGUCCGCUUCUCACUCUAUCAGGGACACACAGUGCUGGGAAUCAGAGAUGGAAUCAAUGGGCUCUUUGAUGACAAGGUAAUGAAUACAAGAUAUUCUUUUGACCCGCAGAUGACAGAUGCUAAUCGAGGCGGGUCAAUUUUUUCUUUACUAAAUUGAAUUUAACUUAAUCAAAUUAUAUUGGAAAUAACGCAGAAAUUAGGAAAUAACACAUAAAAAUGCAUUAAAAGAUGCACAAGAAAGGGAUGAAAAGAAAGUGAAAGACGUUUAUUGUAAAGGAGAAAAUAUCUGGACUUUCUAAGUGUAUGGAAAAUAUUUAUGGCCAGAUAGAUAGCUUACGCAGCUGGAAGUCUUUUUUUCUUUUUUCUUGUUUUUUUUUGGUUAACAAGACUCCCCAGCUACGGAGAUGUAUCAGACAAGAGUGGGCAUGUAAGAACACUUAGAGUGUAUACCUUUUUGACGUAGCUGAAUGUCCCCUGGUGAAUGGUUGUUAAUUCAAGCUGACCCCAUUUGAUUGUCAGAGCGAUUGGAACGCUCUGGCGAGGGGCUAACGCUCGAAAUGUCAGCCUUUAAACUCUUUACGGUGGCCAAUUUACGUUUUCAACUCUGUUGAUAAUACUAAAUUACCCUGUUAUACUCUCCCACCGACGCAGCACCACAGUUUCUCUAGAAAUUUACCCCCUUUAUCCUUUGGCAAUAAACUUAAACAGGUGGAACAACUAGGAUGGCUCCAUGUCGACUCUUGGGCAGGGGCAGGAGGAUCCAAAUUGGGAACAACAAGGUAUGUAUACAUCUUAUUACUGUUGUUAUUUUUCCGACCUUGCCCACGCCAACGCCUACGGCCUGGAUACAGGCAUUUGUGUAUAAUGCACUUCGAUAAAACCGCGAGCGGGGCCUUACCGGUCAAUGAAAGUCAUGAUGAUUAAAUCUAAUUCUGCGGGAAAUACGACGACCAAAUGUUAAAAUUGCUGUCUUGUCGCUUUUGCUGUAUGGUAUACGGUGCUAGAGAGCUUUUCUGACUUAAAGAAAACUUGAUGCGUGAAAGCUUAGCCUACAUACAGACUGACCUAGUAAGGACACUGCCAGCGAUCAUUUUACGUAAAGUGUUUCCUCACACGUUAACUUUUUACCUACAGAACCUUACCUUCUAAAGAUAUGCAAAAGGUUGCAGAAAAGUUAUCUAAACACGGGAUUCAAGGACUGUUGGUUAUUGGAGGCUUUGAGGUAAGGCGAGGUUAUUGUCUUGCCACCUAUCAGUUUCACCACGUUACACAAUAUCAGCAAAUUUUCGUUGUUUUAUGUUCGCAAGGAAAAAACCGUUCCCGUAGUUUUACACGGGCUGUGUUUUUAUGCAGUUUUUACUGUUUGCGUGUUCUUUUUUUAAUAUUUUUGUUAUUAUUUCUUGUUUGUUGGUACGUUUGUUUGUUUGUUUAUUUGUUUGCUAGUUUUUAACAAAUUGGAGAAAUUGAAAAAUCGUCUCACUCCGGGACUAAGCUCGUGUUUUGGUUCCACUAUUAGCUGAGCUACGGGGCCACAUUUUGGAAUCAAACCAACUUUUCAUUGAUUAGGUAGUGUUUCAGUCGGUAUAAAACACUAAUUCUUCGAUGAAUUGCUGCUUUGGCAUGUUUUUGUCUGUUUCCUUGGAAAUAGUAUCAAAAACGCCCAAGUUUUGCUAAGUAAGUCGUAAUCAUGCGUGAUUUCUUUCUUCCUAAGGCUUACAACGCUGUUCUGGAGCUUGCAGAAGCCCGUGACAAGUUCCCAGCUUUCCGCAUUCCAAUGGUUAUCAUUCCCGCCACAAUUAGUAACAAUGUGCCCGGUACAGAUCUAAGUUUAGGAGUAGACACAGCUCUCAAUGUGAUAACAGAGGUGAGGCUCUCGAACUAACUGUCCGAAGUUAGAACUCUUGGUUUCUUGUUAUUGGUUUGGCAUUUUCUUAGCUUUGUUUAGAAAUACCAGUUUUCCCCGGCGGCGGUUAAAAUGCAUCUCUGUGUACAGGAGUCUUUGCUGAAUAAGAUAAAGAAAUGAAAGACUUCGUACUUCUUUCAGCGUGAUCGAUUAACUUUUUAGAGAUUCUGCCGUGCUGUGUCUGUAGGAAAGUGCAAAACUAAGUUCAGUAAUGAUAAUCUAGAACGUUAAAGUAAGGAAACCAUUCGAUAUCGGAUUUUAAUAUAAUUUCCUAAGUUUGAAUAAGGGUGGUAAAUUUCUAAAGAAAGUGUGGUUUUGCAUCGAUAGAGGGUUCUAAAUGAUAAUUUGCUUUUAUCAGCUGUGUCGAUAACGUCAUUUGCUCUUACACUCUUACACUAACACUCGUAACGUCAGCUUUACAAACUCUUCACGAUGGCCAAUUUACAUUAGCAACACAAUUGAUAAAACCAAAUUUCUGUUAUAUACUUGAGCUUUCUUCAUUUAAUGUCAUGUAAUUUCAAUUUUUUUGUAUUCAUUUCAUAUGAUUUCAUUUCCUUUCAUUUUUUCUUUCACCGACAGAAUUGUGACCGCAUCAAGCAGUCUGCCAGCAGUGCAACGAGACGCGUGUUUGUUGUUGAGUGCAUGGGCGGCUACUGUGGUUACCUAGCAACCAUGAGCGCCCUCGCGGGAGGAGCUGACGCAGCGUACGUCUUUGAAGAGAAACUUACUCUUGAAGAUUUGAAGGUGUGUACCAGUGUGUCAAAUUUCUGAGGAUGCCUUAAUAUACAUAAACUUCACGGAUUACUUACGUUUUAUUUUUUUUCUUUUCUUUUUGAAAGAUCUUUAUAACCGCUCCCGACCGAGAACCCCUAUCAUUUUAGUUUCGCAAAUUCACGAUGUUGUAAAGACUUUUAUUUCAUGAAUCAAACUACCUUUAAACUGAAAGAAACGACAAGGUAUGAGAUGGGUAAGACUGAAGAAGAGAAUAUUGGGAAUUAUAAACCAAGAAGAAACACGAAUGAAUUAAUAUAUAGAUUUAAUGGAGCUCGCAUUUUUUUUCCUGCACGUGUGUGCCAGGACUAGAACCCAGGUCGUCCGAUUCGGAGCCCAGUGCACUGACCACUGGACUACUGAAUAAAGCCAUAGCUUUGGCGUGCCCGCGGUAGAGUUAACCACGCAUGUUAAAAGUAGCACCCUGUACGGUCGUACGGUCGUACAUCCAAAUUUUUUCGGCUUGAUGGGUAACUACUAUUUUGUAUAAUUAUGGGGUUACGCUCUGCGAGCUCCGCUAUGAUUGAACAAAUUAAAAUCUGGGCUUAAGUUUUCUGGAUGUAUAUGAUCCUGUGAGAAAUUCCAUUAAUCCUCUGACCCCAAAGAGUGACUAGAAUCUAAUUUCUCUUUACCAUUUCACCCCUUAAAUCACACAAUAAGUUCACAAGAAAAAGAGAAAUGAUCACUGUCUAAAGAAGCUCAUGAUUAUUAAACAAAUUCUCCUCGUCAGCACCUUAGAAAAUGUAUAGAGAACAUUAUGGAGAAUCUGAAUGCUGGUGUUAGGGUACAAAGGGUUAAAAACUGUGUUGCAUUAUAGAUUUAAGAAACUCUUUUAAGUGUGGCCACACCUUUGUUAUGUUUUGCCUUUUCAUCAGAAAAACAUCGAACAUUUGAUAGACAAGAUGAAAGGUUCUGUGCGACGAGGACUCAUUUUGCGGUAAGAACGCCUAUUGCUGAAGGUCAAUUAAAAAGUCUGUACUGAAGCUAAAAGGUCCAUGCAGCCAAGUUUAUCCCAGUUUCCAUGGCAUUAAAUAACUACGAGUAUCAGUACCCGCCCCUGAAAGGGAUGCCAUCGCAAGGUUACCUCCCAACAUUUCAUCAGGCUUGUCUGAUAAUUCGCCGGUACCCAUUUAUUCUCCUGGACAGAGAGAGGCUCUGUGAGAGGAAAGUGUUUUGCCCAGGAACACAACACAUUGACCCCGCCAGGUCUCGAAUCCAAACCUCCCAACCCGGAGUACAGCGCACUGUUGAUGUAGACUACUCGAAACCAGACUGUUCGUUGUAAAUUUCGACAGGAAUGCUCAAAUCUGUUUCUACCUUUACGCAGGAACGAGAAAUGCAGCGAAAAUUACACGACGGACUUCAUCUCGGCUCUAUAUCGAGAAGAAGGAGAGGGCCUUUUCACCGUCAGAACCAAUGUACUUGGUCACGUGCAGCAGGUGAAUCUGAUGCUUGUUCACGAGAUUUGCCCGUGCUUAGUCACGUGAAGCUACAAAUUAGGCGUUGUACGAUUGCGUUCCAUUUCUGGACAAUUUUGUUUACAGACAGCUCACCCAAAUGUUCCACCGGAAAGUUUUCGUUUCGUUGUAAGUCUUAGAGAAAAUGCCCAUAUAACGAGAUUGGUUUUCGUAAAAUCCCAAAGAACAAAUGAAGAGGACAUUUGUCAGCCACAAAAAGCGACAAAAUUGUUCUCACAUUACCGCUCAGAUCACAAUAUAUUGGAACAGCGAGCCAAUUUUAUCCUAAAUACGCAAUUUCUUACGGAUUUAAGAUUUAGUGGGUCGUGUUUCACAACAGCUUUUUGUUUUUGUAUUUUCCAUGUUUGUCAGGGUGGAUCUCCGUCGCCUUUUGAUCGAAUCCAGGCCACCAGACAGGCGACUUUGGCCGUUAACUGGCUGACUGAAAGGAUUGGGGAGAAUCUAACAGAUCAAGGUAACGGUUUUUAAAGAGGGGAAGGAAAGAGUUCAAAAAGAAUAGAAUAUAUUAGUCGAGUUUGAAAAAAGCGGUACAUUUUGUUUGGAUGGCUUAAUAGUUUUUUCCGCGAUUGUAGGCUGUCGUGCAAAUAUGUCAAAGACUUAGACGGCGAGAGCCCACGUAGUUACUAAAUUAACCGACUUUCCACUAUACCAACUGUCUAAAGGUUACUUUAGUUUGAACUUUAAAAUAGCAGUUGAUGUUAUGGUGUAAUCGUUUGUGUGGCAAUAGUCCUCAAGAGGACUUUGUCGGUUAACAACGAUCGGCGGAAACCGCUGGUAUUUUACGAAUCAUUGAUUGACGACGUUGACGAGGAAACUGAACAGAACCUGACUUAACAACGGACCGAAACUGACUAUUUGUGACUGAGGAACUCUAUUUAAGUGUUACAUCCGAUAAGAUCACGGGCAACCAAUUCAUCGCACAGACUUAAAGCAUUCCACUGAAAUAAUAAAAGAACAAGGCUUUUCACUUUCCUCUGAUGAUGACUUCCGUUAAAGCUGUCGAAGGGUCAGCUACUAACAUUGACAACAGGCCUUUUUAAGACUAUUCUCACUCUGACUAUCAUACUGCACAGUUUGCGUCCCCACACCACCCCCCACAUCUUCGUCGUCAAUCUUUAUCUUUCUCGACUAAAUAUACCAAGUUAUGUUUUCCGAGGGAAAAUGACACAUUGAACAAUAUCUAAAGAAGAAGACGAACCCAGAAAGAGUAAAUGCACAGUGGCGAAUGACUUCUGGUAAUUCUUUUGUAGGAUCUGUUGAAACUUCAUCUCCAAGCACUGCUUGUCUAUUGGGUAUCAAGAAGUCUGAUAACCCUUUCACGCCAGUUCAAGAUCUGAAAAGUGUCACAGACUUUAAGUGAGUGUAUUAGAAUUCAUCUCAUUCCAGUCACUUUAGAUUAAAGGGGCUAUGUCAUGCUGUGAGUUUGCGCACAGGGAUGUUUGAUCCUUGUGGUGAAAAUUUACUAUGGAAAUACUAUUUGCUGUAGCACAGUAAACCGUACCACAUGGAAGUACAAGUCAGAAGCGUUCUGCUGAAAAUGGGUACAAAUUAGUUUUGGAGAAACAUCUCGGGUAUCGAAGUCUAUGAAUCUCAAACUUAACUAUGUAUUGUGUCCAUUUUUCUUCAGACACCGCGUCCCCAAAGAGCAAUGGUGGUUAGAUAUGCGUUCCUUACAGAAAAUAUUGGCCAAAUAUCAGCAGCAUUUUGACUACCAUCGGGAAGACGAUUUAUCCCCUCUUCCAUGAAGCGCACGUGAUGUGCACGUGUUGUCUUUAGUUCUGGUCACGUGGAUUUGUGUCUCAGAUGUAGUGAAAACGAGAUUGAUUGGAGACGGAGAUUAGAAAAUUCCGAGUAGGGUUUAUUUCGAGUCAAGAUGCUAAAAUGAACUGUAUUAGUACAGCGGUCUUUGAUUAAGCCAAGAGGAACAAUGUGUGUUGUCUGAGUUGUCACGUUUGUCCAAAAUAUCGCAAAUGAUGAUUUCAUGAAUGGUUGUGCGAUGAUUUGUGAAGUGAUUUUGGUAUAAAAUGUGAAGGAAUAUUUAAGAGACUGACGAAAAGAAGAUUAUUUAGAAGUUAAAUCUCAAAAAUCGAUGAAAAUAUUGAAAGGUGUGAAACCACACUACAGGAAUUAUCGACAAUUUUUGGUUGUGUUAAAUAGAGGAUAUUACAUAGCCGCGCGGGGAUACGAAUUUUAUCUUCGAGUGCUGAAAGUAUCUCCCACGAGUUAGCGAAGCGAACGUGUGACAAAUACUUUCAGCACGACAAGAUGAAAUUCGUAUCCCCAAGCGGCCACGUCGUGUUCUAUUUAUCUUUUAGAUACUGAUGAAAUUCCCACAUAAUUUCAAAAGAACCACCCGCGCGCCUGAGCGGGAAGCUCUCUUGUAAUUGGCUAAUCAUAUUAGUAACCACGGCGACACCAAUAUCCUCACACGUGAAAGAUGAGAGUGGUUUCUUCACUGCGCGCGAUGAAGAUAUGAUUUUUUAGUACAAGGAAAAAUCCUGGUAUUUCAUCAGUAUCUAUAUAAUAAUAAUAGUUGUGUAUCUGGUAAAAGAUCAACUAAUUUAUGCCAUACCGGUAACUUGUCCAAAAAGUUGUAUUAGUC